GGUAAAUUGAGUGGCGCCGAGAGGAGCGCACAUGGCGGCGGAAAGCAGAGUGUGUGUUCCCGGCGGGAUACUUUGAUUUCUCAGCAUGGACAAGGAGCAGGUUUCCAAACGUUUGUAUGUUGGGGGGCUUGGCCACGCGGUUUCCAAGGCUGAAGUGGAAGAAAGAUUUGGCAAGUUUGGGCGUGUUUUGGAUGUAGAGAUUGUUACCAGAAAAGAUGAUGAGGGGAACCCUAUGAAGACUUUUGCUUACGUCAGUGUCAGCAUUUCGGAUGCAGAUCUUAGGAAGUGCAUGUCAAUUCUAAAUAAAACAGAAUGGAAAGGGGGGACACCUCAAAUCGAGUUGGCCAAAGAAAGCUUUUUGCACAGGCUUGCCCUGGAGAGGGAGGAAGCAAAGCUGCAGAAAGAAAAGCCACAGGGAAAUAACCCAACCUGUCUGUUGGAAUCACUGAGAAAGACUGGAGUUGUGGACUUCCCCAUGAAAGCAGUACCAGGUACAGAGGUGCCAGAGCACAAGAAGUGGGUUGUUGGUAAAUUCGGCAGAGUCUUGCCUGUCCUGCACCUGAGGAAUCAGCAAAAAAAUAAAAUUGUGAAAUAUGACCCGUCCAAGUAUUGCCAUAACCUGAGGAAGCUGGAGCCAGAGCUGGCACAGGCAGCUCCUGUGUCCGAGCUCACCUGGCACUUGGAAGGGAGAGAUGCCAGUGCCAACAGGAAGCGACCAGCAGAGUUCCCUGGGAUGAAGAAACCCCAGAAAAAACUGAGGCAGCUGGGCAGUGAGGCCCUGAAGGGA